AUGUUUUUCAAAACGCGCACCCUUCCUUGCCUUGCCCAGGACUGAAGAAAAAUUCUGCUCCUUUCGCGCUCACCCUCUUUUCCAAGUCUUCCUUCCUUCAGCGUCGCCUCUCGCUCUCCGCUCCUGCAACUACUCCAUGGCUCCCUCGAUGAAGAUCGUGUUUGGGCUCCUCACAUUUGUCACAGUCGGAAUGAUUAUAGGUGCUCUCUCUCAAUUAGCAUUCAUACGAAAGUUAGAAGACUCAUAUGGCACGGAAUCUCUGGCAUAUAGAAGAUUGAGUGGAUUUCAGGGUGAUGGUUAUCUUAAGUUGCCCAGAGGUCUACCUUUUUGGAAUGAUGACAAGGAAGCAGAAGCCUUGCGUCUGGGAUAUGUGAAACCUGAAGUGCUUAGCUGGUCACCGCGGAUUAUUUUACUACAUAACUUUCUGAGCAUGGAGGAAUGUGAUUAUCUUAGGGCUAUAGCCCUCCCUCGCCUUCAUGUUUCAACAGUGGUGGAUGCAAAAACGGGGAAGGGAAUCAAGAGUGAUGUCAGGACAAGCUCUGGUAUGUUUCUGAGUGCUGAAGAGAGAAAAUAUCCCAUGAUACAAGCAAUUGAAAAGCGAAUUUCCAUCUAUUCUCAAGUACCAGUUGAAAAUGGAGAGCUAAUGCAAGUUCUAAGGUAUGAGAAGAAUCAGUAUUACAAACCCCAUCAUGACUAUUUUUCUGAUACUUUCAACUUGAAGCGUGGGGGCCAGCGAAUAGCAACAAUGCUUAUGUAUUUAAGUGAUAAUGUUGAGGGAGGAGAAACAUAUUUCCCAAUGGCUGGUUCGGGCCAGUGUAGUUGUGGGGGGAAAAUUGUCCAAGGACUUUCCGUUAAACCAAUCAAAGGAAAUGCAGUGCUGUUCUGGAGUAUGGGAUUGGAUGGACAAUCGAGUCCAAGCAGUGUGCAUGGGGGGUGUGAAGUUCUCUCUGGUGAGAAGUGGUCGGCCACCAAGUGGAUGAGACAGAGAGCUCAUGUGUGAAUAUAGUGAUUUAGCAAUCACCAUCUCAUCCAAUUUACAUGGGGCUCCCCAUUACUGGGUUUUUCCCCUGUUGUUACUUGUUCUUAUCCCAAGAAAAAGAAAAAAUAGUCAUUGUGGUGGUGAAACAUUCAUAGUAAUACUAGUAAUUAAAUUAAUAAUGAAGUUAGGCUGUUGAACUCUAUAUAAUUGAUGGCUGUGGGCAGUAAUUAGUUGGUCCCACGACAGUGAAAAACGUCGUCAUUUGAACAUCCUUGAUUACCGACAUGAAUAUGCAUGUAGAAGCAAUCUUAGUGGUUA